AGACGAGCUACAGACCAUCCAAGAGGACAGUGCAGCAGCUUCAGAGAACUCGGAUUUGAUGGCUUCGCAAAAACGCUCCUCGUUCCGGCACGGAUCAAAAAUGGCAUCUGCCAGCACUACAGACCAUGCCAGACACGGAUCGCCGAGGCACAGAGACUCGGGUCUACUUGACUCGCUGGGCAGAUUUUUUGGAGGCGAAAGACACGUUCCCCGGCGGGGCUCGGGCAAGGAUAUCCACGCAGCCAGGGUUAGCCACCACGUAGGCUCUCUCCCCCAGAGAUCUCAGCAUGGCCGGCCCGGUGAUGACAACCCCGUAGUCCACUUCUUCAAGAACAUUGUCUCCCCCCGUACGCCUCCCCCAAUGCAAGCAAAGGGUGGUGAAGGACACAAGCCAGGAUACGGAGGAAGUGGAAAAUUCUAUGAGCAUAAAUCUGCUCACAAGGGACAUAAGGGAUCCUAUCACGAGGGCCAGGGCACUACUCUUUCCAAAAUCUUUAAACUGGGAGGCUCUGGGUCCCGACCUGGGUCACGUUCUGGUUCACCAGUUGCUAGGCGCUGAAGCUCCGCGAUGCCAUCCGAGGAUCAUGUACUCCGCUUCAUAACGUAACGGCCUUAAAAUUAAUAACAGCUACAACAAUUACCUAGAUAGAUGCAAUCCAUUACUUAAUGCAAAUUAGGUUCCGCAUGCAGUAGAUGAUACAAACUUCUAUUGGCAAUCCCUGAGCAACAGUUGAAUGAAAGGAACGUAAAAAGUAGCCUUACUAGAUGUUUUCCUUAUUUUACGUGAAGUAACAAGAUCUCUGACUUGACUCGUUCUUCUUCAGGAUGCCCUAACUGUAUGCUGGACUUCAUUAUUUCUCCCAAGCAUCUAAUGUGAGCUCAAGUCUUCCGGUUUCGUUUUAGUGAACAUCAGAGUUACAAAUAAAGAGCUAAUGUCUUGCAUACUGAGCGCUGCUGUUGAUGAAUCUCUGAGACACUGCUGU